UGCCUCCGGUGGCUGCUGGGAUACCGGAAGACUCGGGUCCCGGCUCGGCUCAGUCCUCCAGCUGCCCCGGGGAAUACCUUUAGCAGUUCUUUCCUACCGCUAUCGCUGCCCCGCGGCUUCCUCCUCCGCCCGCCCCCCGCCGGCCUUCUUGGCCCCGCCCCGUCCGCGCCGCGCGUCUGGCCCGCCCGCGGCCCGCUUCUCUCGGGAGCCCCCACCCAGGUGCAUGGCUCCAUGAAGCAGGAGGAGGAGGCAGAGCGCGAGAGGUCCCGUCUGCCCCGGCUGCGUCUGGGCCAGGAGGAAAGGUACAGGAAGAAGGAAUGGAAUCGGAAGGAAGAAAAUUCAUUUCAGAGACAAAAUAGCUCCCCUCCUCUGUUAUAGCUGUUCCCCUGGCAAUACAAACUUUCUGCUUUCAGGUUCCGCAGCAUUCCAGACCUCAAGCACCGGUUCAGGAUGGGAAAAAGACGCUGCGUCCCCCCACUGGAGCCCAAGCUGGCAGCAGGCUGUUGUGGGGUUAAGAAGCCUAAGCUGUCUGCAGGUGGGACGCACGGUCACGGGAGCCAGUCCACAGCCGUCCCCGGCUCCAGUGCGGGGCCUCUUCAGAACCACCAGCAUGUGGACGGCGGCAAUGGUCGCGAGAACGUGUCGGACUUGACUCUGGGACCUGGAAACCCUCCCAUCACACGGAUGAACCCCGCAUCGGGAGCGCUGAGCCCUCUCCCCCGGCCCAAUGGAACUGCCAACGUCACCAAGAACCUGGUGGUGACCGCAGAGAUGUGCUGCUACUGCUUCGACGUCCUCUACUGUCACCUGUACGGCUUCCCACAGCCGCGCCUCCCUAGGUUCACCAAUGACCCCUACCCGCUCUUUGUGACGUGGAAGACAGGGCGGGACAAGCGGCUUCGUGGCUGCAUUGGGACCUUCUCAGCCAUGAAUCUUCAUUCAGGACUCAGGGAAUACACGCUAACCAGUGCACUUAAGGACAGCCGGUUCCCCCCCCUGACCCGAGAGGAGCUGCCUAAACUUUUCUGCUCUGUCUCCCUCCUUACUAACUUUGAGGAUGCCAGUGAUUACCUGGACUGGGAGGUUGGGGUCCAUGGGAUUCGAAUUGAAUUCAUCAAUGAAAAAGGCGUCAAACGUACAGCCACAUAUUUACCUGAGGUUGCAAAGGAACAAGACUGGGAUCAGAUCCAGACGAUAGACUCCUUGCUCAGGAAAGGUGGCUUUAAGGCUCCAAUUACCAGUGAAUUCAGAAAAACCAUCAAACUCACCAGGUACCGAAGUGAGAAGGUGACAGUCAGCUAUGCAGAAUAUAUUGCUUCUCGACAGCACUGUUUCCAGAAUGGCGCUCUCCAUGCCCCGCCCCUCUACAAUCAUUACUCCUGACACGCGGCUGCAUGACCAGUCCCACCCCCCCGUGGCCACCAGUGGCUAUGACAUCAUCGGAGCAGAUGCCUCCUCCUCCUGGUCCAGUUACUUUUAUUACUGCACCAUUUUAUGAUGCUAGCUUCCGUUGCCAAGUCUGCCUCCAGCCGACUGAGGGGGGCGGGGUUACAUCGAAUGAAACAGAACUUGAGGGGCCCAAGCCUUAUCUCAGCCUUUCCUCAGUAUGGGGUUCCGUUGGAUUGGGGCUCCUCCAUGACUAGUGAGAAUUCCGUGUGGGUUCAGAAGACCUUGGCUGCAGGUGCCGCUGGCGAUUUGCUGCCUGUGUGUUGGCCACUCAGUGGAAGCUGGAAUUGAUGGUCCAUGAAGGCUUAGCCCACACACACCCCUGCAGCCUCCCCAGAGCAAGUAGGUGUAUUCCCCUGGCAGUCUGGGCAACGGAGACCAGCAAGAAACGUUUUUAGGUUGUUUUAAAUUCCUUUUUUUAAACUUCCAGUGUAUUGCAUACCACGAGUUGAUCUCAACCUCCAUGCUUCGUAAGUGGACGCCAUGUUAGGGUCGAACGUGGGCACCAUGAGUCCUUUGCGGCUCCUGGACAGAGACCCACCUCAAGAUCGGAAGCCCUUUGGAUGGCGCUGCAGAUCUCAUUGCUCAGUUAGCCUCAAAGGUUUUAACUCUCAUCCCACUCUCAGUUGGAUUUUCUGGCACUCCUCCUGCAUUGAGUCUCCUGGUACUGAACAGGGCGCUGUGGUGCAGCCUGCAGGGGAAUGGACCGGCAUGCCCGCGGGAGGUCCUGACGGCAUCGCUGCGAGCAGUGUCGAGGGAGAGGCCUCUUCCUUACCACCCGGCUACCUCACUCCUCUACUGGUGGCAGUGCCUAUAGCGGGAUCUAGGUUCUCAGAGGGCAGAGGUGUUCACACAAGCACUUGGGUUGGGCUCUAGAAGGGCACGUCGGCAUAGGAGAGAAUCCAGGGUCUCUAAGCUGUUUUUCUGUUCAGGCAAACAUCCUGAGAGACCUGUAAGCAGAGGAGUUCCUUUUUCUGGUUUGCCUGUAGAAGUGGGAAAACUGUUGCUCUUCCAGUCCUUACAGGACUUUAGAACAAAGCUGUGUCAUUAAACAAGGUGAAUCUUUA